CCCCUGCAUCCCGAGGGGCCAGGGUCUGAGAAGCAGACUUUUGCCAUGGAAGCAGCACAGCGUUGCAUUGAGAUCUCCAAGUAGGGACGAUUCUCGCCACACAGACUCAGACAUACCGGCUAUAACACGCGUCUUUUUGUGGCUGUUGUGGCAUGGCAUGUGAGAGGAAUAAACGAUACGAUGCGAUGCAAUACGACGCGACUCGUAUAGCGACGAUGGGGUGGCGAAUGCCCCCUUUGCAUUCGUCUAGCGCUCUCCCCAGCGGUACGGCUUUACAUCACAAUGCAUUGAGACGAGAAGACGCAGCGGCUAUGAACAUGCUCGGGGAAACAGGCCGUGAUUUCUGCCCAUGGAGUAGCACAUCUCUAACCACGAUCAAGAAACAAUGACCGAGCAAAAUGGCCAACGAACUGUUCACUGCUCGGGCCGUGGUCGAUCACAAUGUUUCUUGGGCGCACAAGGACAAGGUCCCCCCACAUACCUGUCUCUGGAAAUGACCACCGAAUCUCCAGCUAAGAAAGCAACCAUGAUGUCCAUGAAAUGCAACAAUGUCGCCUUCAUUCCCCUAUUCACAUGGUUUCUGAUUCUCGGCUCUAAGCGCGAUGCUGCUGGCUAGAGGCGAUGCCGGAUCCCGUGCAUUAUGAAAAUAUUUGCAGGCGGCUACUGCUUGCUCUCACAAAGUGUCAUUCUUCCGUUUGGUCAGCUCUACCACGGCGCAUC